GCGUUCUAUGGACGGGAUGAUGUGGGAAUACGGCGAGAGGUCGAAGUCUGGCAGGACCGCCAAGAGAUUGCUCAUGGGGAGGGAAGACGAAGAUGGAGGAGGAGGAUGUGCAUGGUCUGGUCGGACACGGCUUCUUCGUCGUUUCCUCGAACGCGUGUAGUGUAUUUCAAGGCGAUGAUGAUGAUGGUGGUGGUGGUGGUGGUGGUGGUGAGGGAUGUCAACGCUCGGGAUAUAUAUGCUGGGCGAUUCCUCCUGGUGUGUCCAGCACUGUACUGCUGCUGCUCUCACUCGUCGUGGCGUGGAGAGGAAGUUGGUUGUUGAUGUCCACGAUCAUUACACUACAUACCUAGGCAUCAUGAAAUGGACGGAGCCCGCCCAUCUACUGUACCUAUUAAGGAGGGAUACUGUAUCUACAGUAGGGCUAGUGCAUCUACGGCAGGUACAUACACAUGUGGGAGGAAUCCUCUUCGGUGAACGAACUGCUUCCCACAUGUACCUAUUACCUACCAGGUAGAUAUGUAUGUAUGUGUGUAUGUAUGUAUGUGUGUCUGUAUGUAUGUAUGUCUGUGCAGGCAGGGACG